AUGGCAGCCGGGACCGGGAGCGUUCCCCGAGGGGCAGUGACCGGGGACAGAGCGGAGGGGACGGACGGCAGCGGCUUCUGCCCCGCACGGGGGCUGCCCCGGGGAGCGUCCGUCCAGAGAUAUGAAGGACAGUUCUACAUGGACCACCAGCAUGGGAAGGGGAUUUGCUACUGGGCUGAUGGUUCCAAAUUCACAGGUGCUCUUUAUCUUGGCCAUGUGGAAGGCUAUGGGACCUUGGAAUGGGCAGAUGGCAGAAAAUUUCAGGGGCUGUACAAAUGUGAUGAGCGAUUUGGACCAGGGAUUGAGAGCUACCCAGAUGGCUGCCAGGACGUGGGCUUGUGGCUCAGGGAUCACCUAAUUAAACUCUGUACUGAAGUACCAGGUUCUUUUUCUCUCCUGGAUUAUCCAGCACACCACAAAUACUUCGAUGGGAAUUCUCAGAAGUAUAUUUCACUUGAGGAAGACCCCUAUCUCCGUAACUACAAACACCUCCCUUUUGAUGAUGAGGAUAUUUGUCCUGAGGGAGUCUUUGUGUAUUCUCAGAACACAGAUCACCUCACUUUGACUCCUUCCUUCCUGGAAGAAUGUGAUGCUCAGUAUUUUUGUAAUAGCCCAGAGCUGCCUGAGGAGGACCCUUGGCCUGUUGCAAACGUAACCCCUCUAUUGGUUAGAAUGCAAGUGCAUGUUUAUAAGCACAGGCGCUGUCAGGUAGAGUUCACUCCAGAUAUCAGCCCCAUCCUCCAAGGAACCCGUGGUCCCUUUGGCCCUCCAGGACCUCUGGAACUUGCAGCAGAGCAGCUCAUUGAGAGGGCAGCACAAGGAGACUGUGAGGGGGUCCGGGCAAUCCUGAGGAAUGGGCUUGCUCACCCAGACACAGCUGACAAACGUGGAUACACAGCACUGGCUGCAGCUGCUGUUCAUUCCCACAAUGAUGUUAUCAAUCUUCUUCUUGAUAGUGGAGCUGAUGUGAAUAAGUGCAAUGAUGAAGGAUUAUCUGCUCUCUCCAUGUGCUUUAUUCUCUUUUAUCCAGAAGAAUCUUUCAAGGCUAAUAUUGCUGAGAGGACCUUGCACAGUUACAAGGGGAACAAACAAUGUGAGUCCUCAGGAGUGGUCAGUGUGGCUGAAGGCAUCAUCUCAGAACAACAGAAAAGAUGGGAAACAAUCCAACUGCUGCUACGCCGAGGUGCAGAUCCCAACGCAUCCUGGGUCUCCCCUCACCUCCUCUUCUUUGCUGUGAAAGCUGCAGACACAGAAGCUGUGAAACUCCUCCUAAAAAGGGGAGCAAGGACUGAUGUGCGGCUGCCAGCUGAGCUUGGGGGGUUAACACCUCUACACAUUGCUGUCUCCAUCCCUGGGGUGGAAGGGGUCCAGAUAACCCAGAACCUCCUGCACGCUGCCCCAGAGAUAAAUGCGAGGGCAGAAGAUGGAAAUGAAAUAUAUGGUCCAGACAAGCUUCAGUCCAGAAAAGCCAGCUCCAGUGGCCCAGGGGUGGGCACUGUGCAAGUGAAGAAUGAAGCUGGACCACCACGAGAGUACUUCUCCUCCUAUAGUGGUCCUGUUCCUGAAGAAGGUGGAAGGACUGCCCUGCAUAUUGCAUGUGAAAGAGAGGAUAACAACAAGCAUGCCAGAGAUGUUAUACGCCUUCUUUUAAUGCAUCAGGCAAACCCAAACAUGUUAUGGAGUGGCCAUUCACCACUGUCCUUAGCCAUUGCCAGCAGGAAUGACUUGGCAGUGGCUGAACUCCUCAAACAUGGGGCUGACCCAAACCUGCCACUGAGUGGAGUUGUCAGAAGUGCCCUCUGUGCAGUGCUCAGCACAGCUUAUGAACAGCAGAGAACAACAGCACAGAGAAUUGCUUUGGUCAAUAAGCUGCUUGAAGCAGGAGCAGACAUCCUUGCACCAAUUACUCUUGGGGAGGGCCAGGGCAAGCCUGUGGGGACAGCAGUGGACUAUGCUUACUACAAAUACUCCCAGGACAGGAGGAUUGCUCACACACCAUACCACACACUGUCUGCAGCAGAGCAGGAGGUUUUCCAAACCCGUCGAUCACUGCUGGAACACAUUGCAGAGAAGCUCCGUGAGUCUGUAAUCCUGAAGGAGAAAGAGUGGGACCAGGACGAGCUGAGAAGAGCCAAAAAAUCAGUAGAUUUUGCCGUUCAUACCAAGGACAGAGGGAGCCAUCACCUGGAAGAAAUGAGGCUGCACCUUUUUAAGUACUGCUACCAGUGUGGCCGCUCUGUUGGGGUCCAGCUGGCCCCUUGCAAGAGGUGCCAGGCGAUCUUCACCUGCAGUGAGAGCUGCAGGAAAAAAGCCUGGGCUGAGAGGCACGGGCAGGAGUGCAGAGCAUUGAUGGGAGGAAAAGGCCAACACCAGCCUGGCCAAGUUCUGCAAGGUGCACAGGAGCUGGAAGAACAUGUCAGUGUGGCCAAGUCCAAGGUCAACAAGCUGCAGGCCAAGAGCCAUGAGAUGGGAGCCAAAGUGGGACCUUCCUCCUACCUCACAGCUGCCUCACUGCUCUUCUCUUUCCCCAUUAGAAUGGACUCAGAAAGCAGUGAAGCUCUGGACCUCCAAUGCUCCCCCUGA